UAAUUGUCCCUCUUUCUUCGUAUGGGCGUCCGUGUGAAAAUCGCAAGGCCGCCAGGCGUCAGCCAUUCCUUAAAAACCCACACAAUAAAGUUUCACUAUCCUUCCCUCUUUAAGUUCCAAAUCCAACUCUCAUAGGUUUUUUUUUGCAGCUUAAAAAGCCCAACACAAAAGUCUUUUACUUUAUGGCGGCAGAAACGGCGGAGACACCGUCAUCGUCAUCCGAAGAAGUUUAUUCAUUAGCAACGAGUCAGCCAAAGAAACGUGCAGGGAGGAGAAUAUUCAAAGAGACUCGUCAUCCUAUUUUCAGAGGUGUACGACAAAGGAAAGUGAACAAAUGGGUAUGUGAGUUACGUGAGCCUAAUAAAAAAACUCGCAUUUGGCUCGGUACUUAUCCUACACCUGAAAUGGCUGCACGAGCACAUGAUGUUGCUGCAUUAGCGUUUAGAGGUAAAAGUGCUUGCCUUAAUUUUGCUGAUUCAGCUUGGAAGUUGCCUUUGCCGGCUUCAAUGGAUGCUAUCGACAUUAGACGAGCAGCUGUGGAGGCGGCCGAAGCGUUUAGGCCUAAAGAAUCGGAGGAACCUUUGGGGGGCGGUGGCACAAGGCAGGGAAGUGUGGAGGCUUGUUCGAGUGGCGUCGAGGUUAACUUUGUGGAUGAAGAAGCAAUGUUCGACAUGCCGAACUUGCUUGCUAGCAUGGCUGAAGGGCUUUUACUUUCUCCACCUAGGAGUACUAAUCGGGAUGAUGAUGAUGAUAGUGAUAUCGAUGUUUCCUUGUGGAGUUACUGAUUUUUUAUUCAGUAAUGUAAUCUUUUACAAAAUUAAUAUUAAAAAAUAAUUAAAAAAUUAUUUACGAACAUAAA